AGUGAAACUGUAAAUUGUGAGAAGUCACAACAGACGACAGACUAAUGAACUGUGAUAAUUUGAUACUGUGUUGUGAGAAUGGGUGGAUUUUAUUGGUGUCUGGUGCGCACUGCGCCGAGUUUAGUGUUUUGUUGCUAAUAGUGUCUUCGGUAAAUUGUUUUAUUGACACCGCGUCUAUAAAUAACUCGGACGUUUUAUGAUUUAUUUAUUCGGUUGUGAUAAAGCGGUGCCUUUAAUGAUUGUUAAACGCGGUUUUAUUUUCAAACUUCAAUGAUGACGUUAAUCUGACAUUUGCAUUUAGGGGAAUGUGGAUACGCCAACAAAAAGAAAAUGAAAUAUGAUUUGGUUGCUUAACACUAAAAAAUUUUUUCACAAAAAAUUGUCGUUCAAAUUAUGAUUGCAUACCCUGCCUGUCAUAAAAUCGAAAUUCCCUAAUUCGAACAAAGUAACCAAAAAUAACAUCAACUUUGAAUUCGCUUUUUUGUGACAAAUGUUGCAAAGCCCCCCAACACAAGGUCCAUUUCUCCAGUCAUGAUUUGUAGGUUAUGUUUACAUCAGGGUACCGACGACUUCAUUUCUGUAUUAAACAACGACCACAUCGUCGAAAAAAUACGAGAAUGUGUAUCCAUAGAGAUUGCAGACAACGACGAUUUACCCACAACUGCCUGCACUUCAUGCAUUCAGAAGGUUGAAGAUUGGUGGAUCUUUAAAGAUUCGUGUUUGAAAACCAACAACGUGCUCUUGGAAUUGUGUCGGGAGAAAGUGCGCAGACGAGAUGAACCCGAAUCAGAAGUCAAAGAAGUCAUAAUAGUGAAAGAGGAAUUACGAGAACCUGACUCGAGUUACAUUUGCGAGAUAUGCUCAAAGCGAUUUAACACGUGCCUGGAGCACCUGGAGCACCAAUCCACCCACAACGGCUCACCAGUGUACAAAUGUGAUAAAUGUGAAGAGGUGUUUUCAUCCCGAGACGACUUAGUUGAACACGACCGAAACCACAAGCUCCCGUGCCCCAAAUGCGGCAAGCUCAUCCUCAAAACUAGUCUGAAGUUGCACCUGGUGCUGCACACUGAUAAACACAUGUGCUCCCAGUGCUCCAGCCGCUUCACCUCCAACUCCACCCUCCAGCAGCACAUAAUCACCCUCCACACCAGCCAAAGAGACCACGUUUGCGAGACCUGCGGCAAGCGCUUCGCUUCAAAAACUGCAAUGACCGUGCAUUCGCGCUCCCACAGCGACGAGAGACUCUACAAGUGCAAAAGUUGUGACUAUGCGGGCCGGACUGCCUCGGCUUUGUACGUCCACAUGUCCACGCAUUCGCAAGAAACGUGCGUCUGCGAGGUCUGUUCAAAGAUUUUUAAGAGCAAUAGGAACUUGAACGAUCAUUUGAGGCGAACGCACCGCAAGGAAAAGAAUCACCAGUGUACGCGGUGUGAUAAGAAAUUUGUGGAUAGGUAUAGGCUGACUGUGCAUAUGAGGUGUCACACGGGGGUGAAGCCCUAUGUUUGUCGGUUGUGCGACAAGGCGUUUAUUAGGUCGGAUGGGUUGAAGGAUCAUAUGGCCACACAUGGAGACAGGGUGUGGUAUCCGUGUGAGAAGUGCGGGAGAAAGUUUGCGUCGAAGAAGGGGGUGACGAGGCACAACUGCACGGGGGAAAUCGCGUGAUUUUUUAAUUUUGAACAAACUUGACAACAUAACCUCACUUUUAUGUUGAAUCGCAAAAUUAACAAAAAUGUGAUCAGAGGGGUUAUUAAAUAGAUGCAAGUGUUUUUAUACAUAUCUUUUCUGUGUAAAUAGUAAUAUAAUUACGUCUUAUCGAU